AACUUCGAAUCCACCUUGACCGGAUAUUGAAAGUCCCUGGUGUCAAGAAACAUCUAGAACUUUCGAGAAUAUUCCGCAGAGCAGGCCGGUAUAUAAGUUAAGGAGACGGCGUGCGCGAUUCAUUGCUGAAAUCACCGCCAGUGCUCCGUGAUCUGUUGCGAGCAUUUAUAGGAAGCAUUUUUACAAAGCAUUCGACUAGUCAUCGUUUUCUAUAUUCUGAACAGAAACAAUCAUGCCUGAGCAAAUGGAAACAGCCGCAGGUGAAGUGGAGACGUUUGCCUUCCAGGCGGAGAUAGCACAGUUGAUGUCAUUGAUCAUCAACACAUUCUACUCAAACAAAGAAAUCUUCCUGCGAGAACUGAUUUCAAAUUCGAGUGAUGCCUUGGACAAGAUCAGGUACGAGUCGUUGACCGACCCGUCGCGUCUGGAUUCCGGAAAGGACCUCCACAUCAAAAUAAUCCCAAACAAGAAUGACGGAACCCUGACCCUGAUCGACACUGGUAUCGGUAUGACCAAGGCAGAUCUGGUAAACAAUCUUGGUACAAUCGCCAAGUCUGGAACCAAGGCCUUCAUGGAAGCUCUUCAGGCUGGAGCGGACAUCUCUAUGAUUGGACAAUUUGGUGUUGGAUUCUACUCCGCCUAUCUAGUAGCAGACAAAGUGACUGUAGUCUCAAAACACAAUGAUGACGAGCAGUAUCUUUGGGAGUCAAGCGCUGGAGGAUCGUUCACAGUUAGACCUGACCCAGGUGAACCUUUGGGACGAGGCACAAAAAUCGUUCUUCAAAUCAAGGAAGAUCAGACAGAAUUCUUGGAAGAGAGCAAGAUCAAGGAAAUUGUCAAGAAGCACUCUCAGUUCAUCGGUUAUCCCAUAAAACUGUUGGUAGAAAAAGAGAGGGAAAAGGAGCUCAGCGAUGACGAAGCUGAGGCUGAGAGCGAAGAGAAGAAAGAAGAAGAGGAUGGAAAGCCUAAGAUUGAAGAUGUAGGGGAAGACGGCGAUGAGGAUAAGAAGGAGAAACCGGCGAAGAAGACCAAGACUAUUGUCGAGAAAUAUACAGAGGAUGAAGAGCUGAACAAGACGAAGCCGAUCUGGACUCGCAAUGCAGAUGAUAUUAGCCAGGAGGAGUACGGCGAGUUUUACAAAUCGUUGACAAAUGACUGGGAGGAUCAUCUUGCGGUGAAACAUUUCUCUGUCGAAGGUCAGCUUGAGUUCAGAGCUCUUCUGUUUGUACCAAGGCGCAUGCCCUUCGAUCUUUUCGAAAACAAGAAACGAAAGAAUAACAUCAAGCUGUAUGUUCGACGAGUAUUCAUAAUGGACAACUGCGAAGAGCUGAUACCAGAGUACCUCAAUUUCAUGAAAGGUGUUGUAGACAGUGAAGAUCUGCCACUAAACAUUUCACGUGAAAUGUUGCAGCAAAACAAAAUACUCAAAGUCAUCCGCAAAAAUCUGGUGAAGAAAUGUCUGGAGCUGUUCGAGGAGCUGACUGAGGACAAGGAGUCAUUUAAGAAGUUUUACGAGCAAUUCAGCAAAAAUAUUAAGCUUGGAAUCCACGAAGACAGUACAAAUCGCACCAAGCUAGCCGACCUCCUUCGUUAUCACACUUCGGCAUCUGGUGACGAAGUGUGCUCACUCAAGGACUACGUAGGACGAAUGAAAGCGAACCAGAAACACAUAUACUACAUCACUGGGGAGAGCAAGGAGCAGGUCGCAAACAGCUCAUUUGUUGAGCGUGUAAAGAAGCGUGGCUUCGAAGUUAUAUACAUGACUGAGCCGAUUGAUGAGUACGUUGUUCAGCAGAUGAAAGAAUUUGAUGGCAAGCAGCUUGUUUCUGUUACCAAGGAAGGCCUUGAGCUUCCAGAAGACGAAUCUGAGAAAAAGAAACGCGAAGAUGACAAAGCCAAAUUCGAAAAUCUCUGCAAGAUCAUGAAAAACAUUCUGGAUACCAAAGUGGAAAAGGUCGUUGUAUCCAACAGACUCGUAGAUUCCCCUUGUUGUAUUGUUACAUCACAGUACGGAUGGACAGCUAACAUGGAGAGAAUAAUGAAGGCACAAGCUCUCCGCGAUACUUCGACAAUGGGAUACAUGGCGGCAAAGAAGCACCUUGAGAUCAAUCCUGACCAUUCAGUGAUCGAAACCCUACGUCAGAAGGCAGAAGCAGAUAAAAACGACAAAGCAGUUAAAGAUUUGGUCGUUUUACUAUUUGAAACUUCUCUGUUAUCUUCUGGCUUCAGUUUGGAUGAACCUCAGGUCCAUGCUGCACGUAUUUACCGCAUGAUUAAGCUUGGGCUUGGAAUUGACGAGGAAGAACCAACACAAGAAGAGGAAGCAGCUCCAGCGGAAGUGACCCCAGUUGAGGGUGACAAUGAAGAUGCGUCGCGCAUGGAGGAAGUUGAUUAAAUUGGAAAUGCAACUAUAGGGAACUCAUAUUAACAACUUCAGUUGUUAUUUAGUAAUUGGAGACUGUUUGAAAAAUAUCGCGUUUUAUGCGAUAUCAUCACUCCUCAUACCAACAAGCCUGUAUCAUACAUACAUCAUUGUUCACCAUACUAUCUAAUUUAUCAUUCCUAAUAUUAAUAUAUUAGCAAACCAAAUAUUAUUUUCCAUGUAAGUUUUUUUUAUAGAACUGUAAUAAAAAACCAUGUAUUAUAACAUUAA